AUUUCUUUAUUCUCUUCUAUAAUUCUAUUAUUGCUACUAGUAUACGAGUAUAGGAGAGUAGUAUUACCGUUAUAUUAUAAUCGAUCCAUCUGCCAAAAGCCUAAACUCCACCAUCACCACCAGCCACCAGCCACCACCACCGACACAGAAUUAGCCAACCCAAGCAAUGAGGAAGGAGGGCCCACCAUCCUCCGUCCCCGUCGGCCCCGUCGCUAAACUAUUCGGCAGCUGCUUCGAGAGAAAGCCGUUGGUGCUCACAUUGCUUGCUCUCACCUUCGUCAUGCUCAUCUGGAACCUCCCUCCCUACUACCAAAGCCUCCUCUCCUCCUCCUCCUCCUCCGCCACUGCAUUAACUGCCAAUGCAUCUCUGCGAGCUGUUUCUUCUUCUUCAAUUAACCCAUCAGUGACAGAGCAGAAGCUUUCCACCCCAAAACCCAACGACCCCAACAAGCGCGUCUUUCAGUCAUACGGCAACGCCGCCGCCCUCUUCGUCCAAAUGGGGGCCUACCGCGGCGGCCCCACCACAUUCGCCGUGGUAGGCCUCGCCUCCAAGCCCAUCCACGUCUACAGCCGCCCCUGGUUCAAGUGCGAGUGGAUCUCCUCCAACGGCUCCUCCACUCGCGCCUUGGCCUACAAGAUGCUCCCCGAUUGGGGCUACGGCCGCGUCUACACCGUCGUCGUCGUCAAUUGCACCUUCCCCGUCAAUCCCAACCACGACAAUUCGGGCGGCAAGCUCAGCAUCAACGCCUACUACGGCGAAAAUCCCAGAAAGAUGGAGAAGUUCACGGCAUUGGAGGAAGCUCCGGGGGCUUACAACGAGUCCAAGUACCGCCCACCUUACCAGUACGAGUAUUUGUAUUGCGGGUCGUCUCUGUACGGGGACCUGAGUGCGGCGAGGCUGAGGGAAUGGAUGGCAUAUCACGCGUGGUUCUUCGGAGAGAAGUCGCAUUUCGUGUUCCACGACGCGGGUGGGGUGUCGGAUGAGGCAAGGGCAGUACUGGAUCCGUGGGUGAGGGCCGGGAGGGUGACAAUGCAGGACAUCAGGGCUCAGGCGGAGUUCGACGGCUAUUACUACAACCAGUUCUUGGUGGUCAAUGACUGCCUCCAUAGGUACAGAUACGCUGCCAACUGGACUUUUUACUUCGAUGUGGAUGAGUACAUAUAUUUGCCCCAUGGCAACAGUUUGGAAUCUGUUCUCAGUGACUUCUCCGAUUAUACCCAAUUCACUAUUGAGCAGAAUCCAAUGUCCAGUGCGCUCUGCCUCAACGAUCCCACCCAAGAUUAUUCCAGGCAAUGGGGGUUCGAGAAGCUGCUAUUCAGGGACUCGAGAACAGGGCUCCGUCGGGACAGAAAGUAUGCAAUUCAGGCAAAGAACGCCUUCUCGACGGGAGUACACAUGUCCGAGAAUGUGACUGGAAAAACAUUGCACGACACAGAGACUAAGAUCCGUUAUUAUCACUACCAUAAUUCUAUAACCGUACAGGGUGAGCUCUGCAGGGAGUUGGUGCCAAUGUCGGCCAAGAACAACGUCACAUGGUUCAAUAAGCUCCCGUACGUCUACGACGACAACAUGAAGAAGCUGGCAUCCACCAUCAAGCAAUUCGAGCUCGAAACCAUUGGCAAUGUACAGGAACAGCAGUUCCCUCAACCUCAACCUCAACCUGAGCCUGCCCACAUGAACAAUAUUAAUACUCCAAGGACAACGCAUACAUAAAAUUGAACAACAAGGCCUAGAUAAUCUUAUUUGCUUGCUCAUCGAUUAAUGGCUAAUGCAUGAAAAUGUGUCUGCGGUUAACGGCUUAAUGGUGAAGUACUACUGAGACUUCUCAAGCGUGCCUUGGUUGAGUUGAGUGCGGCAUUGUAAUGAUUUUAGAUGGCAUCAAAAAGGAGUUGGGGUUGCUCCAACUUCACUACUCUUUCUACUCUUUUCCUGGUGGUUGUUAGGAUGUGGGCCCCCACCCUUCCCUUGAGUGGUCACAGACAAACUAAAUGCUAAAACAAGAAGAGCAAGAGGAGAUCGAUGAAGGAAGGGGGGGGCCACAGUUUCAGGUCUGCAAUUGAUUUGUUUGUCAAUAGAAAGAAUUUCUUUUUGUACACCACAAACACCAACUGUUUAUUUAUUAUUUGUGGUAUGUAUAUGGAAGUUAAGGUCUGUAUAAAAAGGAGUUGUGGUAA